AUGGUUCUGGGCAUUGACUCUGGUCCUCCACAAGGAACGAACUACACUCUGAACAGCAGACCAGCCCCAGGUCUGACCAUCAACUACACCAUGAACUCUGUGACCUGGAUCUACCUUUCAGUGACAUUCCUGGCCAUGGCCACCUGUGUGUGUGGGAUGGCAGGCAACUGCUUGGUGAUUUGGCUGCUGAGCUUCCGCGUGCAGAGGUCGCCUUUCUGCAUCUAUGUGCUCAACCUGGCGGUGGCCGACCUGCUCUUCCUUGUCUGCAUGGCCUCCCUGCUCAGCCUGGAAACGGGGCCCCUGCUCACAAAUAGCACCUCCACCAGAGUCUAUGAGGUGAUUAGGAGAACCAAGUACUUUGCCUACACGGCAGGCCUGAGCCUGCUGACGGCCAUCAGCACCCAGCGCUGCCUCUCAACGCUUUUCCCCAUCUGGUAUAAGUGCCAUCAGCCCCGGAAACUGUCAUCAGCAGUGUGUGGUACGCUCUGGGCACUGGCCCUGCUGAUGAACUUCCUGGCGUCUUUCUUCUGCGUCCGGUUCUGGCAUCCCAAUGAAAACCAGUGCUUCAAGGUGGACAUGGUUUUCAGCAUUCUUAUCCUGGGGAUCUUCAUGCCGGUGAUGAUCCUGUCCAGCGCCACCCUCUUCAUCCGGGUGCGGAAGAACACCCUGCUGCGGAGACGGCGGCCCCGGAGGCUGUUCGUGGUCAUCCUGGCUUCCGUCUUCGUGUUCCUCACCUGUUCUCUGCCCCUGGGCAUCUACUGGUUCUUACUCUACUGGGUGGGACUGCCGCAGGACGUGAGGCUCUUGUAUGUCUGCUUGUCUCGCUUCUCUUCAUGUUUGAGCAGCAGCGCCAACCCACUCAUCUACUUCCUCGUGGGAAGCCAGAAGCACCGCCGGCUGCAGGAGUCCCUGGGUGCUGUGCUGGGGAGGGCACUUCGGGAUGAGCCCGAGCCAGAGGGCAGGGAGACGCCGUCCACGUGCACUAAUGAUGGGGUCUGA